AUGUCACGUUUGAGCAAGAUUAAUCUUGAGAGUCCCAAUGCUGUUGGUUCGUUUGUUCAGUUUGCCAGAUUACUAUCCAAUCCAUUAGUUUAUGACAAAAUUAAUGACUUUAUAACCAAUAACAAAGAUUCAGUCUUUGAUAUUGUUCAAUAUUCCGCUAUUUUAAUAUCAGAAAUCAUAAGAAACUAUCCAAAAUUGAAGCAUUUGAUUAGAAAACUACUGUUCAGAUUCAAAUUGAUAAAAGUUGAAAGUAAUGAAAAAGUUGAUGAUCAAGAACCACAAUUAACAGAAACCCAACAGUAUUAUUCCACGGUAUUCAGAUCCAUGUAUGGUUAUAUUUCAGAUAUAAGAAUUGCGCAAGGUAUAUUUGCUAUCUUCCCAUACAUAUCCACAUUUCUAAAAGAUUAUAACUCUUUGGAGAAACUGAAGAAUAUAAACACAAAAGAUAAACUAUUUGAUUUCACAACAUGGGCAAUUUUCGCUAUUUACACAGUAUUCGAAAACUUGGGGUUCUUACUUUCACAUGACUUCAUCCAUGAUAAUUUCAAUCACCUUCUUUUACCACAACAUAGAAAGGACAAGGGUCUUUCUUCAUCGGAUUGGUAUUAUGUUUAUUCAUGCAGAUUUUGGUGUUUAUGGAAUGCAAUUGAAGUGUUGAAAGAUUUGAAGAAUGGUGUUCAAUUUAAUCUACUGUGUGAUUUGAUUUUAAGUUACCAUUGGUCAACUACUACUGGUGCACUCGAUAAAACUUCAUUUGCAAUUAUAGGAUUUGCUAAUUCAUUUACAAAAUUUAGAAGAUUACUACGUCAAUAG